AUGGCCUCAUCGCGACGGAAGUCAUGCAACGCUUGCGUCAGGUCUAAACGGCGCUGCGACCUGACCUUACCUAUCUGUCAACGAUGUCUCACAAAGGGUGCUGUUUGCGAGUAUCCCUGGGCGGUGGACGGGCCCAUAAGCAGCUCGUGGGAGACCAACGUGCCUGCGACAGACCAGAGUACAUCAGUAACCAGAUACCACGCCAACGUUCCGAUCCUCCGGCAUCCUUUGGACGGUACUAGCAUUGAUGUCACCAACUUCCUACCAUCCAACCCGUCAGCUCUCUCCAUUCCAAAGCCCCUAUCUCCCGGCAUACCAUCCCUAUUCAACGACCUCGGCGACUGGAUUGGGAGCCCCUACCCCCUCGACCUCGAAGCUUCCACAUCUUCCCCACCCAGCAUACGAUACGCUCUCCCCCCACUCCCCUCUGACACCGCCGCUCCCUCUGACGGGCCCAUAACCACGGGCAGCAUCUUCCAAGCCCGCACCGAGUACGCGGCCCGCAGAUUCGCGGGACAACCGCGAGCUCUAGCCGAGCUGGGACACACCAUCUUCAUCCACCACACGCAGCAGCCUGCGCCCUGCACGCGCUGCGCAAACGCCCGGCGCGCGGCGCGGCUAGUGGCAGCCAUGGCGGCGGCCGAGGAAGAGGCGGAGCAGGCCGUCGAGAUCGACCUGCUGCCCCCGGUGCAGGCACUCCUUGUGUACCAGUGCGUGCGGCUGUUCGGAGACGACGUCGGCGAGCGGGCGCGGGCGGAGCGGGACGAGGUGCGAUUGCGGUCGUGGGCGGCUAGGCUUCGGGCGCAGGUGAGGCCGUUGGGCGGAGGUGGAGGAGGUGGCAGUGAUGGUGGGGGUGGCUGGGCUUGUUGGGUGCGGGAGGAGAGCGUGCGGCGGACGGUGCUGGCGGUCGAGUUGCUGACGGGGUUGUAUGCGUUUCUGAAGCAGGGAUGGGAUCAAGCGGGGGCGAGUAUCCUGCGACUUGGGUUCACGGUGCAGGUUUCACUGUGGGAGGCAAGGUCUGCGGCGGAGUGGAGGGCGGUGUGGACACAGGGGCCGAGACUGGAGGUUACUAUUGAGAGUUGGGACUGCCCCAUGAUGGAGGCGGCGCCAGAGGAUGUCGAUGACCUGGGUAUCAUUGUUCGCGCAACGUUCCUCGGCCUCGAUGCGCUUGAAGAGUGGCUAGGGGGUAAGAGGACGGCGCUGGUGAGAUGGGGACUAAGGCCAUAGAAUGGAGGGUGGCCUGAUCUGGGAGCUGCGGGAAGACCGCGAGACCGGCGAACUAACUUUUAGACUGGAGGAUUCAAUAUCACAAUCGAGACGCAUCGAGGGGGAGGAAGUCUUGGCUCUAUAUCUAAUGUGGUAGCUCCAUCUCGAUGUAUGCAGUAAUUAACAAUACACCCUAC